AUGAGAUUCUUAAUCUUAGCCUUUCUCUUAUUAUUAUUGCUGUUACAAGAAGCUACUUGCUUAAAUGAACACAUGGAGCUGUCUCACUUCAGAAACAAACUUAAGGAUAGAGUGCCCAUUGGCCUGCCCCAACCACAAUCAUCAGCAUCAGCAUCUUCAGAUACAAAAAGGGGAGUGAGAGUUUUGUACCCAGCUGAGUAUGGUGCAGACCCUACAGGGGAAGGUGAAAGCAGUGAUGCAAUUCUGAAAGCUAUAGGAGAUGCUUUUGAGAUGGAGAGUGAACUUGAAAUGCUGCCAGGAGUUAAAGACCUUGGAGGAGUUGUGAUUGAUUUGCAAGGUGGAAACUACAAAAUCAGCAAACCCAUCACAUUCCCUUCAUCUGGUGGUGCCAAUGUUGUGGUAAAAGGAGGAACCUUGAGAGCUUCUGAUACAUUUCCUAGUGAUAGGCAUCUUGUUGAGUUAUGGGCAUCAAAUUCUCAAAAGCUACAAAAAACAGCAUCCAACCAUCAUAAUGGCUUCAACAGCAAGAAACUUCAGCAAACUACUGGGAUUUACUAUGAAGACAUCACCUUUCGAGAUAUCUUAUUCGAUUCAAGCUACAGGGGUGGAGGGAUCUUCAUUGUUGAUUCUGCUAGAAUCAGGAUUACCAAUUGCUUCUUCCUCCAUUUCACCACAGAAGGAGUUCUAGUUCAACAUGGCCAUGAGACAUUCAUAUCAAGCAGUUUCCUUGGGCAACACUCAACAGUUGGUGGAGACAAAAGGGAGAGGGAGUUCUCAGGCACAGCUAUUGACCUUGCUAGCAAUGACAAUGCAAUCACAGAUGUUGCAAUUUUCUCUGCAGCCAUUGGGAUUGUUCUUAGGGGACAAGCUAACAUGAUCACAGGGGUACAUUGUUAUAACAAAGCAACAGGUUUUGGUGGCAUAGGCAUUUUGGUCAAGUUACCAGGAAAUUCACAAACUAGAAUUGACAAUUGUUACAUGGACUAUACAGGUAUUGUCAUAGAGGAUCCUGUUCAAGUUCACAUCACUAAUGGUUUUUUCUUGGGAGAUGCUAAUAUUGUUUUGAAGUCAAUUAAAGGACAAGUUUCUGGUUUGAAUAUAGUUGAUAAUAUGUUCAGUGGAAACCCCAAUAAUAAGGUUCCAAUUGUAACUCUUGAUGGACAAUUCAGUAACACUGAUCAAGUGGUGAUUGAUAGGAACAAUGUGAUUGGCAUGAGCUUGAGAUCAACGGUUGGGAAGUUAACUGUGGCUGGAGAUGGCUCAAAGUGGGUGGCUGAUUUUUCAAAUGUUUUGGUAUUCCCUAAUCGGAUUAGUCAUUUUCAAUAUUCAUUUUACUCACAAGAGGAACCCAAGUUUUUGGCACAUUCUGUGACCAACGUGUCAAAUAAUGUUGUAGUUGUGGAAAGUGAGAAACCAGUUAACGCGGUUGUUUCCUUCUAUGUUGAACAAUAGAGUUUAUGAGUUAUAUGGGUUUUUCUGCUUUGUCUAUCUCUGAUAAAUAAAAUUUUGUGAUUCAUAGUACAAAAAGGAAAAUUAGUUUUCACUACUUUUAAUGACCUUAACAUAUGAAUGACUUUUUUCUCUUUUAUU